AUGGCGAAGCCCAGAGAGCGCGUCCAAGAAUUUGCUCAUUCCAGUAUUAAACGCACACCAGGACCCUCAGAAAGUGUCAAAGGAAAAUUAGUGGACCAGAAAGCUCACAAGGGAUAUAUCGAGCUCCUUGGCAAAGUGAAACGAUGUAAUAACUCCAACACGUCCUCAGAAGUAAAGAUUUCAAUUCGCCAAGGUUGCGCUGAUGCCAUUGAAAUUUAUGACUGGGAGCACCCUUGGCUUUUAUCUUUCUAA